CCACACUCCCACACGGCUCCACUCCGCUCCAAGAACACAGCAAGGCCAACCCGCGCCCCGAGGCAGGGAGCGCCGACCCAACCCCACAUGGCCGCCGCCGCCGCCGCAAUGCCGCUGCUGCUCCUGGCCCUCUUGCUGGCGUCGCCGGCGGCCACGCGGCUGGCCUCCGCCGCCUGCGCGAGCGAGAAGUUCCCGGCGGGGCGGACGUACGCCACCUGCGAGGACCUCCCCAAGCUCGGCGCGUCGCUGCACUGGACCUACGACGCGUCCAAGUCGUCGCUGUCCGUGGCGUUCGUGGCGGCGCCCGCCGCGCCCGGCGGGUGGGUGGCGUGGGGGCUCAACCCGUCCGGCGAGGGCAUGGCCGGCGCGCAGGCGCUGGUGGCGCUCAAGGGGUCCGGGUCCGCGGCGUCCACGGUGAAGACGUACAACAUCUCCGGGUACGCGCUGGGCGCCCCGUCCCCGCUCGAGUUCCCGGCCACCGAGCUCGCCGCGGACGCCGGCGGCAGCGGCGGCAAGAUCCGGGUGUACGGCAAGCUGCAGCUGCGCAAGGGGAUGAAGGCCGUGAACCAGGUGUGGCAGGUCGGGUCCUCCGCCACCGGCGGCGCCCCCGACAAGCACGCCUUCGGGGCCGACAACCUCUCCGCGAAGAGCAAGCUCGUCCUCGCCGGCAGCAAGGCCGCCGCGGGCGCCCCCGCCGCCUCGCCCGCCGCGGCGCCCGAGGCCGGCGGCCCGGCCGCGUCCGGCAGCGACAGCGGCGCGGCGUCGUCCAUGGCGCCGUCCGCCGGGAACGGCAAGACCCCGAACGCCGCUGUGUCCACGGCCGCCGUAUCCGCUCCGGCGCUCCUCGCGCUGGCGCUGGUGGGGCUCUUGGCGGCGGUAUGAUGAUGGCGGUAGCUGGAACGCCGGCUGGUGGUCGCUGCCUGCCAUCAUUCCCCAGCGAAGGCGGCGGCUUGCCGGCGGGAGAGGAAAUGCUGCGCUAUUUUUGUUGGGUUGUUUUUCUUUCUUUUUGGCCGUGCAAUAAAAAUGGUUGCUGUACUUGUGUUGUUGAGGUGUUGUUAAGUAGCAUAGCGAUUUUACUGUAGUGGAGACAUGCCAUUCAUCCGGUCACAUGGCCGUAGUUCUUGCCACUGCGCUCUGUGUCUCUGAAUCUCUCUCUCUGGUGGUACGAUGCCUUUGUGUUUAUUUUAGUUUGUAUUUUACAUUUUUGUAAAAGAAUUUUUAAUAUUUGAAA